GGCAUGGUAAUGGCCGCGCUUCCGAGUUGCGGAUUGAGAGGGCUGAUCAAAUCCCUGCUCUCACCUCAGAUCACGACAAGCGAUCACGCCGAAACCUCGACCUCACAAUACGUCUGCGCGCGCAAGAGAUACUUGAGUGGAAGAAAGGGACGAACAUGCGUUUACCGGAUCAGUGGCAAGCAUACAGGCAGGGAUGGACGCAAGGUUAGGCUAUACACGAAUGUGGAAGGUGUCGAUCUCGACAACGACGAGCGGCAGAGUUUUGCUAGCAUCCACCGCACGAUGCAAUAUACUAAGGGCUGUAGCCCGAGGCAGAAUAAACAUCACUCCUCUCCAAAACCAGACGCUGCAGGGCAAAGGCGAUUGAAGGCCAAGAGGCUGGCUGUCAAACCCCGAGACGCGAGCAAUGACGGCUCUGGUAGUCGUUCUGAAGGCAAUGGAAUUGCGCCGUCACGAGCCAGACUCAUGAGUGCAAGCUCAAACGAAGAGUGGGACGUACCCAGACAUCUCAGAUUUAGGAGGGAGGAUGGCAAAUACAUAUUCCGCAAGUCGUACAACGAAUCACGCAGCAGGAUGGGCGUUGAAUCAACACCGAUACUCCCUUCAAGAAGAUCUCGAACAGCCGCAGCGAACAAUACCGUCAAACUUGUCAUCAACCCGAGAAAAGAUACAUCCGAAUUGAAAGAGCAUGAGUCCCUCGACAGAGAGCAGAACGCAUUUCGGGUUUCAAAGGCGCCUGGAAGCCCAUUCAAGCAACCCGGGCUGACGCCACAGGAGUCGUCCGGAUUAGUCUUCGGGACAAGCUCAAAA